AUGCCGAGAAGAAAACCAAAGAAGAGUGUCAAAAUCACUGAAGAAGUAAAAAACGACGAGAAGAGCAACAAUGGAGAAAUUCAAAUCGAAGAUAAGAAAGACGAUUUCGUCGACGAAAAAGUUGAAAGACAGAUUGCUGCGAUUAGAGCGAUCCGUGAUGUUGAAGUUGAACAAACAAGAACUGCAUUGAGGUUACUUUGCUCGUAUUUCACCGAAGAACAGCUCGAUACUCCUGUAUUGGAAUUCUUCAAAGAGAACCUUCCGGAUUUAUCGAUGACGCAAAAUGAAGAAACCAGGGAGAUUGAGUUAAAAUGGAAAGACGGAAAUGGCGGCGAAGAAUCGUCAAUGGGAAAUGUAGAUGGUGUUGAAAUGACUUGUUCUAUUAUAAAGCGUUUGUCGAUGAAUUUUCCUGCUUUAUACAGUAGGCCAUCUCUUGGUGGUUAUGAUUUACCCGAUAACGUGAAAGCAAGCUUGUUGGGAACUGAUAAUCCACACCUCGAGAAUCUUGGGACAUCAGAGAACCGAAUGCUUGCAAGCCACGAUGCUCUUCGGACUCCUGAGGUAAAUGGGCAAAGACUCUCUUUUGGAAUGACACCAAAGACUCGAAGGCAACCAAAACCUGGAGAGAUGAUGCUCUCUGUGCAUGGCUCUCCUUUGGGUGUCUUUAAAGAAGAUCACAACAUGGGAGCUAUAAACGAAGAAAACAGUUGA